CCAGAAACUGGAGCUUCUCCGGGGUUCCGGUGGCCUCCGGUGGGGAUCCUGGGCGCCACCUCGCAGACCAGGGUCAGGCUGAGAAGCACUAGCGCGCCCCAGGGCCCGGCCCCGCGCUCCAGGCCUGUGGGGGAGUGUCCAGGACUGGUUGGGGCCCUUCAAGGCCCUGCAGCAGGGCUGAGGCAGCCGGGGGAUUAAUCUCCAUGGGUGCAGAGAGCCGAGGCAUGCAUGGAGUCAUUCCAGGUUUAGGGACGCCGGAGAAGGGCUGUCCCUCCUCGGAGCUCUGGCCGUGCUUUCCUUCCUGGAUCUUGAAGUUGGGAGUGGAGCGGGCUGUGGGGGCACCACUUUGCUCUUCUCAGUCCCUGUCUUGGCUCAGCAGGGAGCCCUCAUGUUCUCUCUGGACGGGACUGGGGUUGUCCUGAAUCCCAGAAGAGGCCUCUGCUCCUGGCUGUGCUGCCUAAUGCACUUCCGGGGCGGUGAGGGGAGCCCCAUCGUGGGGCCCUGAGGCCAGGUUCUCUAAGUGGCUGGUGACUGCGGGAAGGAGCCUGCACAAAGGCUAGCACUGGGCUCCUCAUUGUGAUGGUGGUUUUCCCCUUUCCCAGCUCCCCAAGCUCUUGUUCCAAGCUGGGGUGAGGAAGCUCCAGAAGGUCCUUCCCUCCUUCCCUCCCUAUGCAUGGGCUGGAUUUCCUCCCAGUUGGCUGAACCACCCCCCACUCCCCCGCCCUGCUCUGCUGUGUGUCCUGGCCUCAUCUCUCAGCUGCCUGGGGUGUGCCUGGACUUUGGUCUCCCCUGGCAGCAAAGGGCUGGCAGGCACCUGGGAAGAGGGUUUCUGAUUCUGUGGACUCAACACUGAGAUCUGUGUUCUAGGGAUUUCCGAGUCUUUGGUCUCUCUCAAAAGCCUGUGUCCACCGUGUGUGCUUUUGGUACUUCAGGGUGAGGCGAACCUGCUAACGUCCGGUGACCCAGCACACCACAUACGGUGAAGUGUUUGGCUGGGUGGACAUGGAUGGCCCUGGCAGCCGUUGAUCUGUCCCCACUCUUCCUGGUCACCAGGUGACACUCAAGGCGAGUGGAGGCCGCCAGCAGCCUGCAGACUGAUCUACUGCUCUUUGGAAGGAGGCCCCCGGGGGACACAGCCGCCAGGCCUGCCAGGCCUUUGGUACCUUCGCUGCUUUGACAGACUCACUCCUGGGCACUAGGGGCCGAGGCCGCAGGACUCAGAGGGCACAGCCUGCCCUGACCUCUCUGUGGCUGUGGGUCCGGCCCUCCGGCCCUCCGGCCCAGCUCCCUGUUAGCCCUCAUGUCCUGACCCUGGAAGACAAGAUAGGAGCACGGAGGGAAGGCCAGGCCAUGGCUGUCCCCAGGCCCCACCCAGGAUCCUGAGACCCGGAAGGGGAGGGGGCUUCUCGAACUCCCGGGCACUCCCGGGGCCUCUGCCCGUUGCCCUUUCUUCCCUUUGCCCUCAUCGAACUGGCAGGACACAGCGACUCUGUUAUCUGGGUAAUUAGCUUCAGACCCGGGACUGAAGCUGCCUAGGUCCUGGGCUGCUUCCCACAGGCUGUGCACCCUGACCCCAAAAGCGAGGUGAGGCCCUGCCCGCUGAGCAGCCGAGGUGUCACCCUUGGGCACCUCCCACACUGCCCUUUCUGCCUGGGGUCCAUGUCCCUCAGGACUGUCUGGGCCUGGCAGCGUGGGGCCUUGUGACCCAGCCUUGCCAGGGGCAGAGGGCGCCGCCAAGCCUUAGGGAGGGGAUGCCCCCAAGGGUGCUGGUCCGGCCCACCGCCCCACUCCUCAGGCCCAGUCUGGCCCCGGUGCUCCCCAAUCUGGUGCCCCGAGCUGCGCCCCCGGCAGGUCGCCCCCGCCAUGGCCGAGCACCUGGAGCUGCUGGCAGAGAUGCCCGUGGUGGGCAGGAUGAAUGCGCAGGAGCGGCUGAAGCAUGCCCAGAAGCGCCGGGCCCAGCAGGUGAAGGCGUGGGCCCAGGCGGAGAAGGAGGCCCAGGGCAAGAAGGGCCACCGGGAGCGGCCGCGGAAGGAGGCAGCUGGGGGCAGGCGGCAGAAGCGGGUCCUCUUUCCUGCCAGCGUCACCCUUCUGGAGGCUGCUGCCCGCAACGACCUGGAGGAAGUCCGCCAGCUCCUUGAGAGUGGGGUCAGCCCUGAUCUGGCCAACGAGGAUGGCCUGACGGCCCUGCACCAGAGCUGCAUUGAUGACUUCCAAGAGAUGGUGCAGCAGCUCCUGGAGGCUGGGGCCAAGGUCAAUGCCCGCGAUAGCGAAAGCUGGACGCCCCUGCACGCCGCGGCCACCUGCGGCCACCUGCAGCUGGUGGAGCUGCUCAUCGCCCGGGGUGCCGACCUCCUGGCCGUCAACACCGAUGGGAACAUGCCUUAUGACCUCUGUGAGGACGAGCGGACGCUGGACUGCCUUGAGACGGCCAUGGCCAACCGUGGCAUCACCCAGGACAGCAUCGAGGGGGCCCGGGCCCUGCCCGAGCUGUGCAUGCUGGAGGACAUCCGCUGCCUGCUGCAGGCGGGAGCCGACAUCGAUGACCCCCAGGACCAUGGGGCCACGCUGCUCCACAUCGCGGCCGCCAACGGGUUCGGCGAGGCAGCCGUCCUGCUGCUGGAGCACCGGGCCAGUCUGAGCGCCAAGGACCAGGACGGCUGGGAGCCGCUGCACGCCGCAGCCUACUGGGGCCAGGUGCACCUGGUGGAGCUGCUGGUGGCGCACGGGGCCGACCUGAACGGGAAGUCUCUGACGGACGAGACGCCCCUCGACGUGUGCGGGGACGAGGCGGUGCGGACCAGGCUGCUGGAGCUGAAGCACAAGCAGGACGCACUGCUGCGCGCCCAGGGCCGCCAGCCCUCCCUGCUGCGGCGUCGCACCUCCAGUGCCGGCAGCCGGGGGAAAGUGGUGAGGAGGGUGAGCCUGACCCAGCGGACCAGCCUGUACCGCAGGGAGCAUGCCCAGGAGGCCAUCGUGUGGCAACAGCCGCCGCCCACUGGCCCGGAGCCGCCCGAGGAGGACGAGGACGGCCGGACGGACGCGGAGCUGCGCUCCCGACCUAGCGAGCAGGACGAUGAUCCCGAGUCGGCCAGGCCGCACAACGGCCGAGUUGGAGGCACCCCGGGGCGGCACCUGUAUUCCAAGCGGCUGGACCGGAGCGUCUCCUACCAGCUGAGCCCCCUGGACAGCUGUGCCCCCGAUGCUCCGGGCCGGGUCAAGGCCCAGCACACGCUCGCAGAGCUGAAGCGCCAGCGAGCCGCCGCUAAACUGCAGCGUCCCCCGCCUGAGGGGCCCGAGGGGCCCGAGCCCAGCCCACUGGCCGCCGCUGCUGCGAGCCCCCAGCUGGAACACAGCCCCGGGGCCGGUGGAGACCCGCCCCUGCUGAAGCUCACCGCGCCGUCGGAGGAGGCCCCCGCGGAGAGGAGGCCCUGCUGCCUGCUCAUGUGAGGGGCUGGCACCCGGAGUGCCCCGGAGGCUGCCGCGGGGCCCCUGCUUUGGGGGCCCCGGUGUACGCCCUGCUGCUGCUGCUGCUGCUGGGAGAGACCCGGCGGGGGACCUCCCUCAGCUCCCCUCCCGGGGAUGCCAGCGUCCUCGCUCAGGGAUGAGCCUCUGGCAGAAGCCCUCCUGGGGGGCCGUGCGGCUGCAGAGACCUAGUUCCAUGGUUGCCUCUUGAUAAAGGGCUGUUCUGCCACCUGCCUUGUCGUGUGU